UGCUCUCUGCUGCUACUUCACCAGCGUCUCAAUGCCCCGUUCGUUAAGCUUUUGAUAACAUGGGGGCAGUGGAGCACGACGUACGGUGACCGGCGGCCAUGGCAUCAACCUCACAGCUAGCCACAAUAGGCAAAGGAGAAGAGAAGGAAGAGGAGGCGGCGGCCGCCGGCAAUGGCAGCCAGCUAGUGCUGCCCGAGGACGGGUACGAGUGGAACAAGUACGGCCAGAAGUUCAUCAAGAACAUCCAGAAAAUCAGGACCUACUUCCGGUGCCGGGACAAGCGUUGCGGCGCGAAGAAGAAGGUGGAGUGGCAGCCGCGCGACCCCAGCAGCGACCUCCGCGUCGUCUACGAGGGCGCGCACCGGCACGGUUCCCCUCCGUCGGCGACUGCUGGGAGCGGCGGCGGCGGGGGGCCCAACCAGUACGAGCUGAGCGCGCAGUACUUCGGCGGGGCCCGCACGCAGUGACCCCCCGGUUCCGCCGUUUGGGAUAAGGAAGACGUCGCUCGUCUGGUCCAUCACUGGCCGACACCGGCCGGCAGGUGGCUGGUGCUGCCCGUGCCGCCGGUGGCCAUCAGGUGGCGGCGAGGCCCUGUGGCGGUAGUGCCGGUUGACGCCUUGCGCCGGUGCAGCGUGAUGUUUGGUUGGGGGCCUAGUUACUUCGGGUCAAAUCUGCAGUAGAAGCAUGAAUAAGCCGCUGAUUACUUAAAUCUGUAGUGCCGUCAUACGACAACUAAUGGGUGAUAUACGCAUGAGACGAUUAA